CCUCUCUUUCCUCCCCUUUCUCCGCUUUCUCCGUCGCCAUUUCCGCCCCAAAGGCCUCCCUCCAUCUCUUCAAUCGCGCCAUCCGCGCGCUCUCAAAGUCUGGCCUCUCCCUCCGCCUCUACGCCCGCAUGCCCUCCCUCGCCAUCUCCCCGGACAACUUCACCUUCCCCUUCGUCCUCAACUCCUGCGCAGCCAUGGGCUAUCUCCCUGCCGGCGCCGAGAUCCAUUCCCGCCUCCUCCGCGCCGGCUUCGCCCGCCACCUCCCUGUCGCCAAUGCUCUCAUCGACAUGUACGGUAAGUGCGACCAGCUCCCCCUCGCCGGCCGCUUCUUCGAUGAAAUGCCCGUUACAGAUCUCGUCUCCCACAACGCACUUCUGGGCGCCCACGCUCGUGUUGGCGAAGACAUGCUAUCCGCCAGGAAGUUGUUCGAUCAAAUGCCUGACAGGAACAUCAUCUCCUGGAACGCGAUGAUCGUCGGCUACGUGAAUGCAGGGAACCUCGCCUCCGCAAGAGCGAUUUUUAACGCCAUCCCCUGCCGUAAUUUGGUUUCCUGGAGUGUGAUGAUAGUGGGAUACUGUAAAAAAGGAUUGGUAGAUGCUGCGCGGGCGCUGUUUGAUCAAAUGCCGCAGCAGAACUUGGUCUCAUGGACUGUGAUGAUCUCAGGCUACAUGCAGGGCAGGCGGCCGAAGGAAGCUUUAGCAUUAUUCAACGACAUGCAGAGGUUCGGCGUGGAGCCAGAUUCCGCCACCAUGACCUGCGUGGUAUCCGCCAUUAGCCAGCUCGGGAGCGCAGAGCUGGGCCGCUGGGUUGGGGCUUAUAUCCAUCAGAAACACAUCCAAAAGAACGUUCG